GUAAUAAAUAAGCUGCGUUUUAAAAGAACACCGUUCAAUCGAAGUUCAUUCCAUCAAGAACAAUGAAAUUCGCUAUUGCCUACCUGUUCUCCGUCCUUUACCUUAGUGCAGGAGCACCGACUCACGAUGAACGCAUCAUAGGCGGUGAGAUCGCCUCACCUGGGCAAUUUCCAUACAUCGUCUCCUUGACUGAAAACAAUCGACAUGUUUGCAGUGGCUUCAUUUACAGCGAGAAAUGGAUCGUCACGACAGCCUCGUGCAUCGUUGGAAAAACUGCGAGUAACCUGAAAGUAGUUACUGGACAGCAGGAUUUAACUGUACUGGAUCCUCAUGAAGAAAUCCACGCAGUUUAUCGACUCGUUCCUUUUAGCGAAUACGAUGCCACUAAUAAGCUCCAUGAUGUCGCCCUUCUUCAGUUGACGAAUAACAUCACUUACGUCACGCCCAAUGGAGUUUACUUCAUCAAUUACAACGAAGUUGAUAUGACGAAUCCUGAAGCCACAAUCAUGGGAUGGGGUGCCACUCAGGAAGGAGGAUUUGAAUCGACGAAACUUCACUACGCCACGACGAUGAUCCAAAAUGGAAUGGAAUGCGGGGAUUACACCGGAUCAGACUUCCAAUUGGCAACGAUGAUAUGCACAAACACUGCAGCUUCUACCUCAGCCAUCGCUGGUGCACCGUGUCAGUACGACGAAGGAUCACCUUUGGUUCAAUACAUUAACAGCAAACCGAUAGUGGUGGGCGUCAUGUCGAAGAACAGAGGCUGUUCCGUGGAUCAAUCCAGCGUGUACACUCGCUUGUCCGUCUACUAUUCUUGGUUUAUAAAGACAGCCGGCCAGCAGGAAUUGGAUAAUAGCAGCGUCACUACCCAAGAGCCUGGAACCACCAACACGAAUGCUGUGACAACAGCAGAGUCGGUCGUCACGACUGUUACAGAACCCGUAGUUUCAACUGUGACGGAUGCUGCUACAACAGUGGGGGAGGUUUCUCCAGUUAUUCCUUAAGCUAUAUUGCAAAUUAUAUAUUGAAAAGAGUUAAUGUCUUGUCGUGUUGUACAAUACAAAAGGAUUUUUGUUUAUAA